UUUUAUAAAAUAUACAUUAAUUUCUCUAAAAAUGGUUAGAAUUAAAUUCGAAGUUAAUGUUGUUGAGGGAUGCAAAAUGCCUGUUUUGAUGUCAGGAUCUCAUAAAUGGGUUCUUGCAGAGAUCCUAAGCAUUAAAAAGUCAGAAGAGGAUACUGAAUACUAUUAUGUCCACUAUAUAGAUUAUAAUAAAAGAUUGGAUGAAUGGGUAGGAAGAAAUAAAUUAAAGUUGGAACACAUACAAUACCCUUCAAAAGAUAUUAUAUCUAGUGUUAAUAAUAAAAUCACAAUAAAUAACAGUGGAAAUUCAGUUCAAAGCUUUAUUGUAACAAAAACAGAUAAUGAAUCCUUGUCUACAUUAUCAGUUUCAUGUAACACCAGACAUAAAUCAAUUUGUAAAGCUGAAUCCCCAUCACCCAUUACUAUGCACCCCACCAAAAGGUCAUUGCAAUUUCCAAAUAUCACAAAUACCUACAAAAAAUUAACUCUUAAAGAUGAAACUUUUCAAAACAAUGCAAAUACCAAUACUAGAAGAAGUUCUUUUAAAAUACCAUCAUCAACGCUUAAGGUGUCAAAUCUAAAUGAAUUCAAGAAAAAUGAGCAGGCGAUUUUUAGAGAUCGGGGCACUAGAAGAUUAACGAAAAACAAUUCUGCAGAAGAUAAAAAUAUAUUGGGAGAUAGGGAUUUAUUCGAAACUUCAAGUCUUGAUGGAGACGAACCUACUGGAAAGCCACCAUCAAGAGAUAUCCCUAAACUAAACCUUAACGCCCUGACCCCGAAAUCCAACGAACCCCUACCUAUAUCCCUUUUGUCUGGUAUUCAUCAAAACCCAUCUCCCAGCAGUAAUCAAACCCUCACACCUCACUUGCCAUUAAAUUUGGAAAGUGGCAAAGUAAUAGACCCAAACACUAUAAAUUCGACAAACAUGAACAUCAAAACCAACUAUGAUACGGAUAAUGCCUCCAAUUAUUCUUCUGAAGAUACUAAUAUUUCACAUAACUUGGUGACUCAUCAUAACUUAACUAAGACUAUUCAACAACUUAUAACUUGUUCUUCUACGCUCACUGUUCCUGACGGAUUAAUUCCUACUAGUGGGUUAACGGGAGGCCAACGAAAAAUGACCGGUAGCAUGACGUCAUCCCAUGCUCAUACGGCUGAGGAGGAUAUCGUAACUCGUAUCAAGAACAUCCAGUGUAUUCAGUUCGGCAGGUACAAAAUAAAACCAUGGUAUUUCUCACCCUAUCCCCAAGAAUUAACUCUUUUGCCCAUAGUGUACAUCUGUGAGUUUUGCUUGAAAUACGUGAAGAGCUCAACUUGCUUGAAAAGACAUUUGUUUAAAUGUCGUUGGCGCCACCCACCCGGCAACGAGAUUUACCGCAAGGACUGCAUAUCUGUCUUCGAAAUAGAUGGUCGAAAGUGCAAAAAAUUUAGUCAAAACUUGUGCCUUCUGGCCAAGCUAUUCCUGGAUCACAAAACACUUUAUUACGAUACCGAUCCCUUUCUCUUCUACGUCAUGACGGAAUACGACCCUAAAGGGUUUCACAUUGUCGGUUAUUUUUCUAAGGAAAAGGAAUCUUCGGAAGAUUAUAACGUGGCUUGCAUUCUAACUCUACCUCCUUACCAAAGAAAAGGUUUCGGAAAAUUACUCAUCGAAUUCAGUUACGAACUAUCCAAACGAGAGGGUAAGGUAGGCAGCCCAGAAAAACCGCUCUCAGAUCUCGGACUUCUCUCCUACCGGAGUUAUUGGAGCCAAACCAUAUUCGACAUCCUUUGCAACCUCAAACACAAUCGUAAAAUUUACUCAUCCCUAGCCAAUUCCUCAUCCAUUAACAGCAAUUCCUCCAACUUCACCCACAACUCGUCUACCGUGAACUCUAGCUGUAACGGCAAUAUGCUUGAUGUUAAUAACUCGAAUUAUGGCAGCUUGGGUAACAUUAAUAGUGUCGCGGGAGGAGGUAGUGGCGGAUCUGAGGAGACCAAUUCUCAGCCCCAGAUAUCUAUAAAUGAAAUAUCUGAAUUGACCAGUAUCAAAAAAGAGGACAUUAUUUAUACACUCCAAAAUUUGAACGUUUUGUGCUACUAUAAAGGAGCUUACAUCAUAACACUAGACAAGGAGCUAGUCGAAGAUCACAUUAAAGCCAAGAGUAAAAGAAAGUUGAGAAUAGACAGUCGAGCUAUGCAUUGGAAUCCCCGGGAUUGGACCAAAAGAAAAUAGAAAAAAUAUAUUAAGACUAAAAAUUCUUUUUGAGGUCUUCCAUUUGUAUUUCGCUUCUCUCAUUAUUAGUACUCUUUUAGCUUUAUAUUUAUAUGCAUUAAACUAUUGAAUGCUGUAGGGUUCGAAGCGAAAGCUGGGAAAAAAUAUCGUAUAUAUAAAUGAUUUAUAUUUGGAAAAAAAUAAGUAAAAUAUUGACAGAUAAAGAAAGUGGAAAAUGAUAAUACAAAAUCGUUAUAUUUUUUAAUAGGUGUUAAAAACAUUUGUAAAUAAAUACAUAAUAUAAUGCUGGAAUCAAAUU